AUGUUACCAGUUGGAAAGCCACAUCCAAAGGAUAAAUUUACUCCAUCAGAGGAUCAGAAGUUGCGAAUGCUUGUUAGUGUUUUAGGUCCAAGUAACUGGAAGAAAGUCAGUGAGUACAUGGUUAGUCGAAACGCACGUCAGUGUCGUGACAGAUAUAAGAACUACUUGAGUCCAAACUUGAACAGCAGUCCAUGGAGUCAAGAAGACGAUGCUAAACUUCUUCAACUUGUUGACUUCUAUGGUCGCAAGUGGUCACUUAUUGCCAAAGAGUUCAAUGGCCGCACAGAUAUCAACAUCAAGAGUCGCUAUGCUCUUCUCAUGCGUCAAGAAGAAAGAGAUAAACAGAAGAAGAUGAACUUCCCUGAUAACGAACAAGAUAUAUUAAAACUUGCUGAAAAAUCAUCACAAAUACAAGAAAAUCAUGAAUUUAAUCAAGUCCCUGAAUUUGAUAUAAAUACAGAUUUAUUUGAUUUUGGAGAUCUUCAAAUGUAUGACUUGGAUUUCUGA